CCCGCCCCUCACCAGCCAGGCUGCCCAGCCAAAAGGCAGGCCAGAGCAGGCGAGGCCCAGAGUCCAGCGUUGGUACCCAGGCCGCCAGUCAGCCCGCCGCCACCGUCUGUCCCAGAGCCAUGGAGAGAGCCAGUCUGAUCCAGAAGGCGAGGCUGGCCGAGCAGGCCGAGCGCUACGAGGACAUGGCAGCCUUCAUGAAGGGCGCCGUGGAGAAGGGCGAGGAGCUGUCGUGCGAGGAGCGCAACCUGCUCUCCGUGGCCUACAAGAACGUGGUGGGCGGCCAGAGGGCGGCCUGGAGGGUCCUGUCCAGCAUCGAGCAGAAAAGCAGCGAGGAGGGCUCGGAAGACAAGGGCCCCGAGGUGCGGGAGUACCGGGAGAAGGUGGAGACGGAGCUGCGGGCCGUGUGCGACGCCGUGCUGGGCCUGCUGGACUCCCACCUCAUCAAGGAGGCGGGCGACGCCGAGGGCCGCGUCUUCUACCUGAAGAUGAAGGGCGACUACUACCGCUACCUGGCCGAGGUGGCCGCGGGCGACGACAAGAAGCGCAUCAUCGACUCGGCGCGGGCCGCCUACCAGGAGGCCAUGGACAUCAGCAAGAAGGAGAUGCCGCCCACCAACCCCAUCCGCCUGGGCCUGGCCCUGAACUUUUCCGUCUUCCACUACGAGAUCGCCAACAGCCCCGAGGAGGCCAUCUCCCUGGCCAAGACCACGUUCGACGAGGCCAUGGCGGACCUGCACACCCUCAGCGAGGACUCCUACAAAGACAGCACCCUCAUCAUGCAGCUGCUGCGGGACAACCUGACGCUGGGUGUCAUGUUUCAAGGCUCCAAGCCGGAGACUCUGGUCACUAGGGCAAGUGACUUCGCUCAGCUCUGGAGGUGA